UUUCCGUUUUCCCAUUGACCAUCUCUCGAGUGAAAUUCUGCUCAAUUGAAAACAGCUUCCAGAAAAAACAUAUCCGUUGCAAAUUAAUUAUACUAAUAAAUUGCUGCGUCUCUGCAUUAAGUAAAUUAUUUUUCUCUUGGUGUUAAUCAUAUUUUUGACACACUCAUUGCCACACUGAUGCUCAUGAUUGCUGUUUGAAUUGGGCAAAAUUACAGGAUAUAUCCGCCACGGAGAAGACACAUUUUUACAUGUUCGAGAAGCUAACGCCCUCCAACAACUACUCAGUGUCGGUUACAAUGAGAAAUGCCGAAGGAGAAGGUCCAGCAGCAUCUACAAUCGUUUCGACACCACCUGAACCGGAAAUGGCUGUGGAUGAACCCAAUCCAACCAUCAUCUUAGCUACGGAGUAUUCAGUUCUCACACAAGGAUCGGAUCUACUCUCGGAUUCCUCGAAGGAUUUCUACACUACCGACAUCAGGAUCAAGGGAAUCGCAAUUCACAUUGCACAGCAGCUCCUCUUUAUCUCAGAAGAAUCGGGAUUUGUCUACAAAGCCCCGCUGGAGAUCACCGGCCCGAAGACAACAGUGCUGUCACCGCAUUCAGGAUUCAACUUCAAGCCUCAGCUACUCUCAAUUGACUGGCUAAACAACCACUUGUACAUUCUGGGGGAAGUGCAACACCCACACGCUCAUCGCAUAUGGCAAAUCUCCCGGUGUGAUCUUGAUGGAAAGGGUCUCACAGUCGCCACUGCGGGUUUAGUCAAGCGACCAGAUCACAUUGAAGUGGAUCCCUUCAAUGGAUACCUCUUCUGGGUCAUUACAGGCCAUUCAAUGGACAGCGGUCUUUUUCGCCUCGAUCUCGGCGACAUAUCCAAUGGGGUGAAGCACAAAGUGAAGCCCUUGCACAUGAUCCAGGGACAGAACUUGGCGCCCUUUACAGUGGAUCACACGAGGUUUCGCAUUCUCGUGCCUCUGCAAGACGAGAACACUGUGAUCUCUGUCUCAUUGGAUGGAAAGGAUCGUGAGGACAUCCGCAAAAACACAAAUCAACCAAAGUUCAAUGACGUGAGAUCUCUAGCCAUGGCAAACGGACUUUUCUAUUGGACUAAUGGAGAGGAUGUCAUCUCAGAGGAUUAUCACGUAGUCCAGAAAAUAUACUUCCACAACGCCUAUCCGGGACUCUCUAAUCGAACCUACAUCUCACUCUGCAUCAAUCUAAACUCCGCCCAGCCGAUUCCCAUUCCCGUCAACCCACCCAGCAAUGUUCAGGCCCUGCUCAGUGCCCGCAAAGCUAAAGUGUCGUGGCGAGUGCCGCAUCUGCUAGGCAAUCAAGGCAAAGGAACCUGGCAGAAUUGGAAGUACGAACUCGAGGUCAUGAACGACACGGAGAAAGUCACGUACCGAGACAUCAGAAGUGCUCAUCGGAAUAUCGACAAUCUGUUGCCCAACGCCAUGUACACUUUUAGAGUGGCGGCCUACACCAGUGCAGGCAAAGGCCCCUGGAGCACGGAAUUCAAAGCCAAGACCCUCAAUUCCCUGCACAACCGCUAUCUUAUUUGGUCUUCAGACAAUGGUCUUCUCCAGAGCGACGUCAUUGGGGAGCACAUUGAUACAUUGAUACCGAAGUCUGAACUUGGGGAGCACUAUGUCUCCGACAUUGCCUGGAUUGAGGAUAUGUUGUUCUUUGUCAGCAACUCCAGUCUUAACUUCUUCAACCGAACCAGCAGGGCCACAACAAAGUUGGGGGACUUUGACUCAGUCGAGAGCAUCGCUGUGGAUUGGAUAGGAAAGAGACUGUACUGGUCCAAUCCAACACAACAACUGAUAACAAGGAGUCACUUGAACGGGGAUCAGCAGGAAACCCUUCCAAUUCUAGCAGUAGCGAAAGAGUUGCGCAUUGACUCUCUGAGAGGCUUUAUAUACUUCUCAACUGGACAUGCCGUUGAAUCCUGCCGCUUGAACGGGAAGAACCGCAGAACCUACUACAGUGUGGAGUUGUAUUCGGGUCUACAAGUGAUGGGCUUAACCCUGGAUAUGGACAACCAAUUGGUGUACUGGAUCGUUCGCAGAUACGACAGUUCAAGCCUCUACAGUGCCCAAAUGGCUGGCAGUUUCGCUUCCAAUAUGAGCGUUACUGAAACCAAAUUGGGCGAGGCUUCACUCCAAGGACCCCUAACUCACUUCAGUGAUCGAUUAAUGUGGCUCCAAGACAAUAGAACAGUGAUUGUGGGGGACAUGAUGGGGAAGAAUUUGGCACAGAUCAAUAAUACCAAACUCAACGGAAUCCGCGCAAUUUCUGUCAUUGAUCCAACGCAUCACAUUUAUCCCUCAAACUUGACCUUCAUCAAUGUAAUACCUAAUCAAGUCAAGAACCACACCAUCAAGAUCAGAGGCGUAUGGACAUCUUUUGAGAUAAUUUGGGAGCCAGUCAGCAAUGUCAACUACGGCCAGGUCUUCUACGAAAUCCGCAUUCACGCCUCGGGACACAAGGACAUUGUCAAGGAAGUAAUGGAGCCUAUUUGGCAUCAUCGAUCGCACUCUCUGCAACCGUACAGUCCACUGGACAUCACGGUCAGAGCCUUCACUUUCUGGGGUUCAGCUUUACCGACUAGGAGUCACAUUCACUCUCCGCCAGCCAAGCCCACAACGCCCACAAACCCCAGAAUCUUCAUCACACACUACGAUGAUCCUCUGAGAGGUGGACUCAAUCUCACAGCCACCUUCAGAUGGAGCCCACCACUGCAUCCCAACGGGCCCAUUCUAGGAUAUCGCGUCAAGUGUUGGUAUGAAGAGGAUUUCAAAGAAAACCAAAAGUGCGAUAACGUUCAGGUUUCUGCGACAACAGAAGAGAUGAUUCUAACAAAUUUAGUACAAAAUGUUACUUACUUCUUCCAAGUCCUCGCCUUCACGGAAGCCGACAGUGGAGAAUUCACGCGACCGUUGGGUGUGGAAACAGCCAAGGAAAAGUCAAUUCCUCGAGUGAUUGUAUCAACUAAGGACCACCACAUUCUCGGCAUUGAUCUGGAUUUGAAGAAGAGCGAAAGUAUCCUCAGCACGGGAAACACUGUAAAAUACAUGACUUACAUUGCGCGAGAGAAGAAGAUCUUUUGGAUCAAUGAGGUCAAUGAGAUAAUGUCCUUUAACGGAUCAACCCAGUUCAAAUUGCUGACGAUAAGCUCUGAAGCGCUCUCCUUGGCUGUCGAUUGGGUUGAAAGAAGUCUGUAUUGGUCACACGUGGAUGGAAACUUUUCAGUCUUGGCCAUGUUAGACCUCACUAAGUACGAAGCAUACAAACGGGGUGUCGUUGAACUGGUGAGGAGAGAAGCCAUCAUUAGGAACAUCUUAGUUUCUCCGAUGGAUAAAAUGAUUUUCUGGACUGAACACCGAUCCAACGGACAAAACGACGAUGAGGUGCAAGUCAUUUCGUACAAUAUCUACACCGGCACCAUCAUGAGCAUGGAAUUGUUUCCAACUGAAGAAUGUCCCAACAUUUCCCUCACCUCCAGUUUCCGUCCUUUUGCACUCGAAACAAAGUCCGACCGAGAAACACACAUGAUUUGGACUGAUAAAGAGCAAAAUCUCUACUCAACCGGCAUAACAACGCAAUACUGCAGAUCACUGGACUUUCACUACAGUGAUCCAACACUGAGCUUCGUGAAAGACUCCUCGAGGAUUUACUGGAUAUCAGCGGAUAAUGUGAUUCAUGCUAAAAAUGAUCACAGCGUUAAAUUCUACAAAUAUCCCGUAUCCAAAGCUGAGUCUAUUAUGGCUUUAUAUCAUCAAGCGUAUCCCAGCAAAAAGUGCCUGAUUCCUAAUUCCAAGGAUUCCUCGAAGUACGAAGCUAGUCUCUUAGCAUCAACAUCGAAUACCAUCAAGCUGAAACUUCCCAUUCCCACACCGGCCACAGGAUGCAACUUCCCCAUUCCCGCCAUCAAGUACAUCAUCUUCUUCCGGCCAAUUGAUAAGAAUUACCCAGAUGGAGGAAGGUGCAACGUCACAACUUGCCAAGUGGUUUAUUCCUUUGACAACAUCAAGACUAUACAUGGACUGAAACCUUUCACAAAGUACAAAUUCCAAAUUGGCGUCAGCAAUUACUAUGCAGACAAGUUGCAAUUACGCGUGAAUCUAGGGCCGAGCAAGAUCUUCUCAACGGCAGCUGGAGCACCUUCGAUACCGACUGACAUAGAAGUUGAGGUGAUCAGUCCUAAUGAAGUGAACGUGACGUGGCAUCAACCGCGGGAAAUUAACAGCAAUGAUAUUUGGUAUGAAGUGCACUGGCAGACUGAGAAUCCAAGCAAUGGCAUCCGCAACAGACAGCAACAGCUCGUCUACACCACUCAUCACUCUCUGACAAAGCUCAUACCUCAGCAAUCGUACCGAAUUUGGGUGCGCGCUUACUCCACAAACGACACGUUCUCGGAGAGUGAAGUUAUAGGAGUGGAGACGUUCCAGGAGCCAGACAACAUCACCCUUCUUCAGAACACCUCCACUUCGCUGACAAUCUCUUGGCAACCGCAUGGAAAUGUAUCCAUGUUUCAAUUAGGAUACAAGGUGUUGAGUAAUCCGACGAUAGCUCCGCAUGUGGUGUAUGAUUCUGCUCAAGCGGGAGACUUGCCUCCCUUCAAUGGCACUUUUACCGUCAACGACUUAGAGCCUAAAACCACCUACAGGUUCUACGUCUUAUUGUACUACCCAAAGAUGGAUUCACCCUACCUCUGGCCGCCUGACACUCGAUCCGUGUUUGAAACCUUGGGCGACAAGCCCACAGCCCCUGGAAAGCCUCUCGUGAAACAUUUAAGCGGAGACGUUUACAAAGUGUUCUGGGAACCUGCCAAAGACAACGGAGCGCUCAUAGAAGAGUACAGUCUGGAAGCCUUCCAGUCCAAACCAACCUCCAAUCGUGUUCGACGAUCACCAACUCUCGAAAUAAAUAGCGACGAUGUUGAGAAGAUCGCCCUGCACAGGAUCACUAACAGUAAUAUUACUCUAUCCGAGCGUGACGUCUCCUGGUCUGUGGACGUUGCGCCAGAGGAUCAGUGGAAAAUCUACUACAACGGUUCAGAGCUGUACUGGAUUCCACAGGAACUCACCCCAAUCCAUGUUUAUUCAUUCAGAGUCAGGGCGCGCAAUUCAUACGGCUGGGGCCCAUACAGUUCAACUAGCGAACCUAUCAGUGAACCCUACGUGGACGUCACCAACAGGAGCAGCAUGAUCAUUGUCAUAGUGAUCUCGAUGAGCUUCGUUUUCCUGAUUGCUUUUGUCGUGUGUAUCAUCACAGUGUUCGUCCGACGAGAUACGGACAAGAAAUUUUUUCCCGACGCCUCAGCGAGAAUUCCAGAUGUUGAACUGGCAAACCUGAGAGAAAUGCCUCACGGAGCGAGCUUCCACGUGAACGUUCUCUACACCACAGGGCCUCUUUCGGAUUCGGAUGUGGCUUCGCUGCCUCAAAUUCGAAGGGAUCAGAUUACCAUGACUAAAUUCCUGGGCAGCGGAGCUUUUGGGGAAGUCUACGAAGGUUGUGUCAAGAAUCCCGAAGAUCCUGAAACAAGAGUGGCCAUCAAGACUCUGAGAAAAGGUGCGACUGAACAGGAAAAAGCAGAAUUCUUGCAAGAGGCUCAUUUAAUGAGCAACUUCAAACACGAGCAUAUUCUCCGGCUUAUUGGAGUGUGCUUCGACCUAGACUCACUUUACAUCAUUAUGGAGUUGAUGCAGGGCGGGGAUCUCUUGAGUUUCCUUCGCCAGAGCCGACCGUCGAUGGACUUUCCAUCUUCCCUCACGCUUUUGGAUAUCGUUUCCAUGUGCGUGGACGUGGCUUCGGGGUGUCGCUAUCUGGAGGAAAUGCACUUUGUCCAUCGAGACUUGGCUUGCAGAAACUGUUUGGUGUCUUCAGUCGAUCCCGAGGGUAGAGUUGUCAAGAUAGGAGACUUUGGCCUGGCCAGAGACAUCUACAAGAACGACUACUACAGAAAAGAAGGCGAAGGGCUGCUUCCCGUUCGCUGGAUGUCGCCUGAGAGCUUAGUAGACGGUGUGUUCACUUCCCAGUCGGAUAUCUGGGCCUUCGGAGUUCUCUGUUGGGAAAUUAUGACCCUGGGACAGCAGCCUUAUCCUGCCAGAACCAACGUUGAGGUCCUGCACUACGUUCGGAAUGGAGGACGCCUCACUCGGCCCACAGAUUGUCCUGAAGAAUUAUAUCAACUAAUGCUGAAAUGUUGGAGCUACUGUCCCGAAGAUAGGCCUACAUUCAGAUACUGCCUAGAGAUCUUAGAGACCCUGAAGAACAACACAAAUGACUCCAUUCAGAUUACAAUGCAACACACGUACAGGAAUGGUGGACACAAAAUCGUGAGUGGCGAUUCUGGAAUCACGUCGAUUCCCAGCCAACGAGUGGAUCACUCGAUCCCGACCACGUCCACAGACACAGGUCUAAUACCAAAGUACAUAGAAUUAAUCUAUAGCAGCGACGAUAAACCGCCUAGUCUCGUGAGUGAAGACUACGAAAUCCCUAUUACGAACUUCCCCUCAACGGAAGGCAGUACAAACAUCCCAGAUCCCACGAGGACUCCCAGCAGUUGCGCAGGGCAGCUGCCCAGCCGCAACACCAUCCUCACCGUGGCCCUGCCCGAUCCCUCAGCGGACGCCUGCUCGAGUCUGGACGCCCUUCUGCCGCAGCAGACGCACACCUACGAUGGGAAAGUGCAUCCGUCACCCAUAAUCAUCUAUUCAAAUACAACUGCCGCGCCUUCAACGUCAACCGACGGAAAGACAGUGUUAUGAGAGCCUUAGAGAGCGCAUUGUACAUUUUUAGUCUGAUGGUUAACAUGAGGACUCAUCAAGAUAAGUAGAGAUGAAAAGAAAAGAACAGCAAAGACAGUAAGAAUCAGAGUAUUACCAUGUUAUAUUCCAUCUACUCAUCUCUGCUUAUUGCUCAUCAAUUACAAUAAACACCCUUAUAUUAAAGGUGUACGCAAUACGUAAAUAAAUUAAUAAAUUAUAUCAACUGUAAAUAUCUGUAGGCAAUUAAAUACCAUGAACAAAUUUUUGUAAUUUAAGAAUCAAAUACCAAAUCAAUCUAAAUUUAAAAUUCAAUUACUUUCUAAUAAGAGACAAGAAUAAAAUUGUAAGUCAA